GACUUGUGAGCGGGGCGGAGCCAGACGCGGGGGUCGCCCGCGCUUCCGGGCGGCAGGAUGGAGCUGGUGGCGGAGCUGAGGGGCCGCGACGGAGAGACGCGGUCGGUGCGGGUGCCGCUGCCGCGCCCGGCGGAGCAGGGCCAGGCCGGGCAGCUGCGCGGGCUGCGGCAGAGCCUGGCCGAGCUGCGGGAGCGGGUGGUGGAGCUGUUGGCGCCCCUGGUGCAGGCCGAGAGAGAGGCGGCGGGUGGCGGCAGGCCGCGCCGUGACGCCGAGGAUGACGACGACGAUGAGCAGGAAGAGGAGGAGGAUGAUGAAGGCGAAAACAAUAUCGACACGAAAGCAAACGCCGACGACCCACCUCCAAAGCGGACGAGGGUUCAGCAGCCAUGGUGACGGCACUGGGUGCAGGGGUCAGGGCUGGAGGGAGACAUUCUAGCUGCACCGGGUGGGAGAGUGUCCGGGCAGGGCCAGGUGGAAGCCUGCGGUGCUUUUGCUCCUGUUCGGAAAGUGAAACGUCGGUCCCGACGCUGUUUUAACACGGAGGCCGUAAGUUUUCUUACGCACCUUGGUGCCAGCAGCGUGUUGCUUGCAGGGAGCUGAUGUUGAGAAGAAUUUGUGGUAGACCAGUCGACAAAUACAAAACUUGUCACAAGUUUUCUGACUGCUACAUUUUUAACGACGUUUUCUAAGUCAUUGUAUUUAUUCAUGCGACUUAAAAUAAACUCUUAUAUAGUAAAA